UAGGACUCACAAAGAACUUGUUGAUGUGAUUGCGGAAUUUCUCCUUAGUGAAGUAGUACCUGAUGCAAUUGAGUCCACAGGAGAUUUUGAAGCAUUUGAAGCAACAAGACAAGCCAUGAAUGAGGUUAUGAAGGCGCUAACAGAUGACGAGGUCACUGCCGUCGGUGUCUACGGCAUGGGAGGCGUUGGAAAGACAACCAUGGUGAAACAUGUUGUUGCACAUGCCCGAAAAAGUGGGAUUUUUGAUUGUGUGAUUAUGGGUGUCGUAUCCCAAAGCCCUGACUACAGAAAAAUUCAAGGCACAUUAGCAGACCUGUUAGGCGUCACAUUGGGGGCAGAGACAGAAAUUGGAAGAGCAGCUGGAUUGAGUAAAGAGAUGAAGAGAAGAAAUAAGAUCCUUAUAAUCCUGGACGACAUUUGGGGGAGAACAGAGUUGUCAAAGAUAGGGAUUCCCAGCUACAAGGAGCUUCAAAAGUGCAAGUCCAAAGUGCUACUCACCACAAGGAUACGGAAUGUCUGUCAUGUCAUGGAGUGCCAAGAAAAGAUAACACUCAACGUUCUCUCAAAAGAAGAUUCUUGGACCUUGUUUGUGAGAAUUGCAAGAAGGUCAUUUGAAUCGACCACUUUCGAUGGUAUAGCAAAGAAGGUAGCUGGAGAAUGUAGGGGUCUACCCAUUGCAUUGAUAGCAGUUGCAAGGGCACUUGGAGAUAAAGAACUGGUGGAAUGGAAAAGAGCAGCUCAACGACUAGAGAAGUCGCAAUCUGCCAACCCUGACGAUUAUGGGGAAGCAUCCGAAUGUAUAAAAUUAAGCUAUGAUUACUUGAAAGAUGAGGACUACAAGUCAUUCUUCUUGCUCUGUUGCCUAUUCCCAGAAGACCAUGAAAUCAAUAUAGAAGACUUGUUCAGGUAUGCAAUUGGAAAAGGAUUGUUUCAAGAUGCUGAAACAAUGGACGAAGUCAGAGGAACAGCAGAUUCAGUGGUUAAGUACCUGAAAAAUUCUUGCUUGCUUUUGGAGAGUGAAUGCAUUGGAUGUGUAAAGAUGCAUGAUGUUGUCCGAGAUACAGCCAUUCAAAUUGCUCAAUCUGAACAUGGGUUUUUGGUGAGAGCUGGUUGCGGUUUAAAGGACUGGCCACGUCAAUUACAUGAAGGCUAUUCUGCAGUCUCACUAAUGCACAAUCAUCUUACCAAGCUACCCGAAAAAUUUAUAUGUCCAGAACUCCAGAUUUUGUUACUAAACAAUAAUUGGUGUAUAGAUACGUGGAUCCCUAUCUCAGAAACCUUUUUUCAAACUCCAAAUGAAUUAAGGGUCUUGGAUCUUAGCUGGAAUAAAAUUUUAUUGCUACCCCAAUCAUUGUGUCUCCUAACCGACCUCCGAGCUUUGUAUUUAGAUGGUUGUUCCAAUCUUGACACUUCCAUGAUCGGAAAACUUAAGAAGCUUGAGAUUCUUAGUAUGAGACACAGUAAUUUGAAGGAGUUGUCGAGAGAGAUAGGAGAUUUGACCAAUCUAAAGAUGCUGGAUCUCAGCGGUACAACUUUUCGGACAAUUCUAUCCAAAGGGAUCAUAUCAAAGUUGCAUAAUUUAGAAGAACUGUACAUGAACCUAUUUUGGAACUGGGGUGAAGUUGAGGGAGACAGAGAAGAAACAAAUGUUGGUUUUGACGAGGUAACUAGCUUGUCAAAUUUAAGAGUUUUAGACGUUCGUUUCUCCGAUGCAGCAUGUAUACCUAAAAAUGUUGAGUUCAAUUCGAAUUGGGUUAAAUUUGAUAUAUAUGUGGGCAGACGCGACUCACGCGAGACGAUAGAAGCCGCUAUUCGAUCUGGUCAUAAAUCAAUAGUCUUGAGGCUUGACACCAUAAGUGGCUUACCGGACUGGUUUUGCAAUGCGGUGAUGAACAUAACAGAGAGGCUACAGUGGGAAGGGUGCCGAAGGUUAAUUGACAUAUUUGUGGAGUCUGAGCAUGAGAGAUUACAUGGACUGAAGCUUCUCUAUAUAAUUGGUCCCAUUAGGAGGUACAAGCUUAUGAACCCAACAACAUGGGUUCCAAAAAAACCUGUGCUCGAGAAGUUGGAAGAGUUGCGUCUGGAUAUCGUGGAUUGCCAGGAGUUAUGUAUUCUUGAAUUACCACCCGGGUCUCUAUUCAAUUUGAAGUUAUUGAGGGUUAACUAUUGUUACAACUGGGGGAAUGUACUUUUACCAUCAACACUGUUGCAGAGGAUACCAAAUCUGGAAGAACUACAUUUUCUUCUCAUGGAGGAGAUUGAAUCUGUGUUUGGGUAUGAAGCGUCAUUUGUGCCAGAACAAUCAAAUUUGAGAAAGAUAGAGUUGUGUACUCUAGGUACAAUAAGAAGCAUAUGUGAUGGACCUGCAACCCCUGCAAUGUUCCAAAAUCUUCACAGUUUGUCCAUUCGUUUCUGCAAAUUGCAGGGUAGUCUCUUCACCUGUGAUGUUGCUCAAUGUCUUUUUCAAUUGGAAUACAUUGAUUUAUACGGUUGCAUCUUUUUGGAAAGAAUAGUUGAAGCAAGCAACAAGAAGAUCAUUCUUCCAAAAUUGAAGGAAUUAAUUUUGUCAGGACUACCAAUGUUACACUAUGAAAGUGCUUCUUUUGAUAUUGAGUGUCCUUCACUGGAAAACCUACGUGUGACGGAAUGCCCCAUGUUUUUAGCCUCUUCUCUUGACUUCCACAGCAGGAAACAAGUCCAAUUCAAGAGGUAUGUUGCUGUAUCAAAAACUUACUUGAUUUGUCAUAUUAAUUUGGUAGUCCACUUGCUCACGAAAAAUCAGUUAACAAGUACAAAAUGUUAA